CCGUAAAGCAGUGUGACAAGCUGUGGCCAGGCCCUGGAACUGUCGCGAUUAUACAGGUGCCCCGACGGUGCUGUUCCGCUGUCGUUUUACGGGUGAGCCAUGAGCGUGGUGGAGGUAGGGCUGCGCGUGGUGCGCGGCCCCGACUGGAACUGGGGCGCUCAGGACGGCGGGCUCGGCCACACGGGUACUGUCGUCGAGGUGGGUGGCAGCAACAGCGUCACCACACCCGACAAGACGGUCGUCGUCAUCUGGGACUCUGGCAACAAGACCAACUACCGCGUCGGUUACCAGAACGCACAUGACCUCUGCGUGUUCGACUCGGCGGCGGCUGGCGUGCACCACCCGCAGACGGUGUGCGCCGGCUGCAAGGAGCGCAACAUUCGCGGCAUGCGCUGGCGCUGCGCCGUCUGCCCGGAGCUGGACCUCUGCACGCCCUGCUACAUGCAGGACCGACACGACACCAGCCACCCCUGCGUGCGCUUCGAGCGGUCCACGCUGCCCGGUGUUGAGGUGCCGUGUCGCCGAGACAGCACCAAACAUCAACUCAAGGGCAUCUUCACCAACGCCAAGGUGGUGCGAGGCGUGGACUGGGAGUGGGGAGACCAGGACGGCAAUAAGGUGGGCCGCGUGACGGACAUCCACGGCUGGGACAACGAGUCGGGCCGCUCGGUGGCCAACGUCUCGUGGGUGACGGGCGUGCCCAACGUGUACCGGCUCGGCCACCAGGGCAAGGUCGACCUCAUGCACGUGACCAACGGCGAGGCGGGCGGCGGCCCCUGCUACCUGGAUCACCUGCCGGCGCCGACGCCGGCGCCGCCGACCCGGCCAGCGCGAGUCUUCUCAAUGGGAGACCGGGUCCAGGUGGCCGGCGACGCCGCCGCCCUGCAAGCGGCACAGGAGGGCCACGGCGGCUGGAACCCGCGCAUGAUGGACUUCAUCGGCCAGGCGGGAGUGGUGCACCGCAUCACGGACCGCGGCGACAUUCGCGUGCAGUACAGCAACGGCACGCGCUGGACUAUCAACCCGGCGGCGCUGGUGCGCGUCAGCCCGCUGGCCGUGGGCGACACGGUGCGCGUGCUGGAGGACGCGGCGCGCGUCCGACUCUUGCAGAAGGGCCACGGCGAGUGGAGUGACAUGAUGAAGGCCUGUCUCGGCAAGACGGGCCAGAUCACCAAGAUCUACGCGGACGGCGACCUGCGCGUCAGCGUGGACGGCCAGACGUGGACCAUCAACCCGAUGUGCGUGAGCCCGCUGUGUCCGGGCCCGCCGACCGCCGACCCCAACUCGAUGCGCAGCCGCGACAGGGACGACCAGCCCGGCGCCCUGGUAUCGUUCAUCAGCAGCUUCCUGGAGCAGCACAAGGAGACGUCGCUGGCCGACCGGCUGGUGCGGGACGCCGCCCAGGGCCGCACCGAGGCCGUGCGGCAGUGGCUGGAGAAGCAGCGCGACAAGGUGGACUGCAAGAGCAGCGGCCGCACUGCGCUGCAGCUGGCCUGCCACCAGGGCCACAUGGAGACGGUGCGGCUGCUGCUACACCGCCAGGCCAGCGUGGCCGCCACCGACGACGACGGCGACACACCGCUGCACUACUCCGCCUUCGGGUACUGGCCGGAACCAGCCGAGAUCAUGGAGCUGCUCAUCCGAAAGAGCUGCGAUGUCAACGCCACCAACCGGGGCCAGUGUUCGGCUCUGCACGUGUCGGUCAACAAACAGCAUGUGGGCUGCGUGCGCGUGCUGGUUAAGGCAGGAUGCGACCCCAACCUACAGGACAUGUACGGCGACACUGCCCUCCACGACGCCAUCGGAAAAGACAACCUGGAGAUCAUCGAGCUGCUCGGUAACGUGCCGGCGCUGGACUUCAAGAUCAAGAACAAGCGAGGCUUCAAUGUGCUGCAUCACGACCCCGCCCUGAAGGCAAUAACUUCGGCCACGCGGCCGUUGGUCGAGACGCUGGUCACGCAGAGCGGGUGCUGCCUGGACGCCGUCAACAACCGGCGCCAGACGCCGCUGCUGCUGGCCGUCUCCCAGCUACACCUGGGCAUCGUGGAGUACCUGAUAAGCCGUGGAGCGUCCGUGCUGCUGGCCGACGAGGACGGGGACACGCCGCUGCACCUGGCCGGCCUCAAGCUGGCCGCGGCCGUCGAGGUUCGGCCCGGCGAGGCGCCGCUCAUUCACGGCAUCAAGGCGCACCUCGCCACGCAGGGUUCUGAGGUCAGCCUUGUCCAGGCGAUGGCCUGCUACCUGGCGCUGGAAGGCGCGCCGCUCGAGGUGCACCAACAAGAAGGUGGGGGCCAGUGUGCGCCCGUGCCCGCAGAGGUUCAGCACGACCCGUGCCACAGUAUGAGCCUCAGCCUGACCGUGCCCACAGUUGUGAGCCUCAGCAUGGCCCGUGCCCACAGUUGUGAGCCUCAGCCUGGCCCGUGCCCGCAGUCCACCGCCACCGCCACCAGCCCGUCGCAGUCGCCGGAAGAGCAGAGCGCCGCCGCGGUCGCCUCGCUCGCCGAAAAGACAGCCAAACUCAAGCUGGAUAGUGAUGAGGUGGGACCGAUCGUGCCAGCUGGGCUUGCUUUUGUGGACCCGGCAGGCGACGGCGAGUAUCGCUCUUGUAACUCAGGAGUCGUGGCAUGGGUGUGCUGCGAGCUGCCUGCCUGCGUCGAGUUCGAGCCGUGCGGACACCGCGUUACCUGCAACAUCUGCUGCGCCCGCAUGAAGAAGUGCGUCCGCUGCCAGACGGCCAUCACCCCGCCAAAAAGACGACGGGAACGUGCUGGCAUCGCGCGGUUCGGGCGCCGAGCUCCGAACGCCUGCGUUACCUGGAGACGAAGAUCGCCGAAAUUGAGGAGGUCCACGGCUGUUCGAUCUGCAUGGAGAGGCCGUCGCAACGUCGUGUUCCUGUGCGGUCACGGCGCGUGCGCGGUCUGUGCGCACGCGCUGCAGAAUUGCCACAUGUGCCGCAAAGCCAUCACGCAGAAGAUCAACAUCUACUGAGCGGCCAGCGCCGCGCCACCGGGUGCUCCGGUCGUCGCGCUGGGGCUGGCCGCGCACGCGACUGCCGCAUGCUCGCGCGGCGUUGAGUCACGGGGACUCU